AUGCAGCUCCACAAGCUUCUCCCUCUCAUCGUGUACCUCGGUACCGCUACUGCGGCACCGCUUAGUGGGGACGACUCCGACGCUGGCGCCGGUUUCGCCUCUGGUGAGGGCUCGGGCCUUGAGGCUCUCCGCAACGCCAAGAUCUUCGGCGGUCCCGACAUCGUCAUGAAGGGUCCCAUUCUCCCCAAGAGGGGCGAGCACAAGUCCGACGAGGACGGUGACUGCGAUGAUGACGACCAGGCCGAGGACGACGGCGACAGGAACGCGGAGAGGGCUCUUGACGAGUCGCUCAUGGACCUCAUGGCGCGAGGUAAAAGCAGCAGCGGUAGCACGGGCGGCAAGGUCUCCCAGGUCGCCUCCACUCUCGGUGGCAUUGGUUCCGCCAUUGGCGGCAUCAGUGCCGUCGGUGGCCUCAUCCAUUCGCUUUGGAACCACCACAAGGAAAAGGAGCAGCAGGGUCAGCAGCAGCAGCAGCGAGACCUGCACGACACCACCGCCGUCGAUCUCACUGAGUUCCCCCCUGAGGUGGAGAACGAGCUCAAGACGCUCUAUGGACGCGAUCUUACUCUGGACGAGCGUGCGAACUGGGGCAACAUUGCUUCCAACAUUGGCAAGGCCGGCUCCGCCAUCACCGGUGGCCUUGCGAUCUUCGAUCUUGCCCGCAACAUCCUCGGCGGACACAACGACAAGCAACAGCGCGAUCUCAACAAUGUAGAGUUCACGGCGGAGGAGGAGGACCAGCUCAAGUCGCUGUUUGGACGCGACCUCACCUUCGAGGAGCGCGCCAAUUGGGGCAGGAUUGCCUCCAACAUUGGCACGGCCGGCACCGCGAUAUCGGGCAUCGCAGGAAUCGGUGGACUCAUCAACCAGAUCUUCAACUCCGACAAGGGCCAGGAGCAGCAGAAUGGCAAGCGUGACUUUGUCACCGAGCUGUCCCCCGAGGUUCAGGACCAGCUCAACACUCUAUUCGGACGAGACCUAACCCUCGACGAGCGUAAGGUGGACUGGGACCACCUGGGCUCGAUCCUCCGGAUCCCUAACUUGGGUUUGGGCCUGGGCCCUGUCCGCGUUGGCGGGCAGCAGGACAAGCAGCAGGAUGGCCAGCACCAGAAUGGCAAGCGCGACUUUCAGGGCACUGAGCUCUCGCCCGAGCUCCAGGACCAGCUCCAGUCUCUCUACGGGCGGGAUCUCGCCCUCGAAGAGCGGUUCAAUUGGCGCACUGGCCUUCAGGUUGUAACCGGCAUCGCCCCCCUCCUCCCCUUCGUCUUCGGCAACCGUGGCGGUGAUGACAAGCAGCAGCAGCAGGGACAACAGCAAGACGGUCAGCAGCAGAAUGGCAAGCGCAGCUAUGAGACAACGGAGCUCUCACCUGAGGUUCAAAACGAGCUCCAGACGCUUUUCGGACGGGACGUCGACCUUGAUGAACGCGGCUGGAAAGACGUUCUCCGCUGGGGAACCCGUCUCGCCCCUCUUGCCCCUCUCGUUCCCCUGGUCUUUGGCAACCACGGUGGCGGUGACCAGCAGCAACAGCAGCAGCAGCAGCAGCAGCAGCAGCAGGGACAGCAGGGACAGCAGCAGGAUGGUCAGCAGCAAAACGGCAAGCGUGACUACCAGAUCACUGAGCUUUCGCCUGAAUUCCAGGACCAGCUCAACACUCUCUACGGCCGCGACCUGUCUCUCGAAGAGCGCGGACUCGGCGGCAUCCUGAAGUUCCUCGGUCCCCUCUCCAGCAUCAUUGGACUCACUGAUGGUGGAAACGACAAGCGUGAUUUCCAGGACGAGAUCUCGCCCGAGGUCGAGGACCAGCUCAAAACUCUCUUAGGUCGCGACCUCACCGUCGAAGAGCGCGGACUCGGCGGCAUCCUGAAGUUCCUCGGUCCCCUCUCCAGCAUCAUUGGACUCGCUGAUGGUGGAAACGACAAGCGCGACCUCCAGGCUGAGCUUACCCCCGAGAUGGAGGACCAGCUCAAGACUCUCUUUGGUCGCGACCUCACCGUCGAGGAGCGCGGACUCGGCGGCAUCCUGAAGUUCCUCGGUCCCCUCUCCAGCAUCAUCGGACUCGCUGAUGGUGGAAACGACAAGCGCGACCUCCAGGCUGAGCUUACCCCCGAGAUGGAGGACCAGCUCAAGACUCUCUUCGGCCGUGACCUCGCCGUUGAGGAGCGCGGCCUGCUGGACUUCUUCCCGGUUAUCAAGGGCCUCUUGGGAGGCUUCGGUGGCGGCAACGGCAAGCGAGGCUUCCAGGACAAUGAGCCCUCCCCUGAGGAGAUCGAGAACCAGCUCAAGACUCUGUUUGGCCGAGACCUUACUCUCGAGGAGCGUGGAAAGUGGUCGACCGCUGCAAACUGGAUCGGCGGUGCCGGCAUGGCCGCUGGCCUCAUCAAUAGUCUCCUGCCCAUGUUCCAGCGCAAGGACGACAAGCAGCAGAACGCUGCUCGCGGUCUGCAGGGCGGCGAUCUCUCCCCCGAGGUCGAGGAACAGCUGAAGACUCUCUUCGGCCGGGAUCUCGCCUUCGACCAGCAGCGGAACGCCGCUCGUGGUCUCGAUGAGAGGGGCAAGUGGGAGAACAUCAAGAAUGUCGGCUCCUUCGGAUGGAACGCGUACCGUGCGGCCGAUCAGCUCUUCCCCAACGAGGUCGAGGGCGUGAAGGAUAAGGUCAAGGGUCUGUUCUCCCGCGAUUACUUGGAGGAGGAAGCCCUGGCCGACCUGGCCCGACUCAAUCUGCAGGAGAGGUCGGCGGCGCAGGGACGCCUCCGCCCCUUUGACCCCAUGGGCCCCAUCGGCCCCAUUCGCAUGGGUCCCCUUGUUAACCCCGUCUGGGGCGGGGAGUACCGAAAUGGCAUGGAGAGCUGGACCCACCGGAAGCACGGAAAGCGUGGCUACGAUGCUACUGCCCAGGCCUGGGAGCAGGAGCUUGCUGAGCAGCUCCGAGCUGGUCUUUCUGCCCGUGGCCUUGAUGCCUUGGCUUAG